AUCGACCCUGCGCGCGAUGUCGACGGCGCUUCGCGCGAUCGUCCUCGCGGCGCUCGUCGCUCAAGUCGCCGCGGACUGUCCUAAGGAUGUCUUCCAGGCGGUCCCGCCCUCGGUCACGAUGGACACGAUCCCCGACCAGCUCGAGUGGAAAGUCGCCCCGGACAAGACGCGCGUGUUCGCCAAAUCCGAGAGCGGGAUGGUAUACAUUGCGAAAGGCGACGGCACCGGUCUGCUGCCGUUCGUGGACGAGACCCCGAACCUGCAAGGGACGUCAGAGGCGGCCGUCCACCCCGACGGGAACUCGAGAAACGUCUUGGAGAUCAUCUCUCCGUCGGACGCGUCCCCGUUCAUCAUCCUCCAAGGCUGGGGCUCCUAUAACUGGGCUUCCAGAGACAUGGGGACGACGUGGAUCCAGCCGUGCGAGAUCCCCGGGUCGGACAAAGAAAACUGCUUCGCCUCGCCGGUAGGGAACACGGGCUCGCGGAUGAGCUCACUGUUUAAGAUUAAUCCGGAGUUUCCCGAGUACGUCCUCGCGAUGACGCUUCGAAGGUCGUGCAUGAACGCGGACGCCGCGACCGGGGAGCUGUGCGGUGAGGAUCUCAUGCACUCGAGCGAUUUCGGUAAGACCUGGGUGAAUCUCACGACGCUGUCGGACUCGCGCAUCGCCGGGUUCGUGGAUUUCGACUGGGCGCCCGUGGCGCCCGGGACGCAACUGGACGGCCCGGAGGACCACCCGGGGAUACUCGCGACCGUGUACGAGUCGAACCAGGACAUGAUCGACGGCUUGCAGAAGUCAUGGGACUACAACGUGCACUUCGUGUGGUCGCACGACCUGUUCAAGACGGAGCACAACCGAGUGUUGAUGUGCGGAAAUUCGUUCGAGGUUUUAAACGGCGACAUCUACGUCGCGCAGCUCCGCGACUGCGAAAAGUACCAUCAGUCCUCCGCGGAGGAUAAAGCGAACGCGGACACGUUCCCGGGGACGGAGAUCGCGCUGCGUGUGUCCAUCGACCGCGGCGGCUCGUUCGCGGAGACGUGCUUCCCCGUCUCCCUCGCGGAGAAGGGGUACACGAUCUUCGACUAUCGCGAAGACGUCGGCGGGCCGGAUUUCAUCUCCGUGAAUCACGACGAAGAAGACCCGGUGGAGUCGCGCGCGCCGAUGGGUAACUUAUACAGCAGCGAUAAAACGCUCCAGCUCUUUUCGUUAUCCAUGCGACGCAACGUUCGCUUCGGCGGCAGCGCGGUGGAUUUCAUCAACGUCGAGGGGAUACACGGGAUAUACAUCGCGAACCAGAUCGACGGCGGCGCGUUUUCCGACCCCUCCGUCGUCAGCGGUCGCGGCCGCGUCGAAGACUUCGUGCACACGAGGAUCACGUACAACGGCGGCGGGUCCUGGCAGUCGAUCACGCCGCCGCUGACGGACUCCGAGGGUAAACCGAUCCGGUGUCACGCCGUCGGGAACGGCCGGUGCGAGCUGCACUUGCACGGGGAGUCGCACUGGCAGCAAGGGAGCUGGAAGACGAGGCUCGGGUCCGUGUACUCGCAAAAGUCCGCCCCCGGGGUCAUCCUCGCGACCGGGAACGUCGGGCAGUACCUCUCCGCGGACGCGAACCUCGUGAACACGUACUUGUCCCGAGACGCGGGGUCGACGUGGGAGGAGAUCCUCAAGGGGCCGCACAUAUACGAGUUCGGGAACCACGGCGGGUUAAUCGUCGCCGCGCAGCUCGCGUCCGCGGGACCGACGGACGAAGUGUGGUUCACGCGAGACGAGGGCGCGUGCUGGGAGGGUCCGAUCAAGCUGUCGAACAAGAUGAGCGUGCACAACAUCCGCGUCGCGCCGGACAGCAUCGGCGACGUGUUCAUCAUUCACGGCACGGACUCCGAGGAGAGGGACGGGGACCCGGACGGGGUGAUGUACAUCCUCGACUUCAACCGCCUCACGGUGUUGGACCCGAAAAAUAAUAUGCAAGCGUCCGCGUUUACGUUUCCGGUGUGCUCGGACUCGGACUACGAGACGUGGUCGCCGAACCCUCCGGGCGCGCCCGGGAAGUGCAUCCUCGGCCAGAAGUACUCCCUCGCGCGUCGCAAGCGCGAUGUUCGGUGCUUGAACGAGCCAGAUUACGAGAAGAAGCACGACGAAGCGACGAAGUGCCCGUGCGACGCGCAGUACGACACCGAGUGUCAAUACGGGAGCGAACGCGUCGACGGUUUGGGCGACUGCGUGAAGAUGGACGACAUCGACGUCGGCAGAUGUGCGGUGUUAGAGUGCGUGGAAAUUCCGAGCUCGAAUUUGAGGGCGAUCGCGGGGACGCAGUGCGAGGGCGACAUGGGGGACAUGGACCCGGACUUGGGGCAGAUCAGGCAAGUCGGGUGCGACGCGAAAAAAAGCGGCGGCGGACAUCCGAUUUUGACGUUUUUCAUCGUGAUGUUCUUCAUCGUCCUCGCGCUCGGCGGCGCGUGGUACGCGCACAUGAAGUACGACCUGAGCACGUUCGUCCCGGAGCGGGUCAAGGACGCGUUCGAGGGUAUCCUGGAGAAGAUCAGAGAGCUCACGGGACGGAGCAGCCGCCCGGCGGGGUACUUCGAACCUCUCGGGGAUUUCGACGGCGACGAAAUUUAA